AUGGGCACUUCCGAUUGGCCAAACGAAGUUCGCACUGGUGUAGCGCCGAGUGAUAUUCAGGUCUAUCUUGAAGGUCAUAGAGGACGUGAUCCUACAAAUCCAGAUCAGUUAUGCUCUCAGGCGGCUACAGAGCGUCUGGCGGCAUAUGGUGACCAAAUGAUUGCUCGCCAUGGAGAGGGUUAUGAUUGGAGAAACGCGCCUAUUGAUCCUGAGGCCGUUUACAGUAGUGGUGGUGGAAAACCUCAUGGCCGGUAUCCAUUAUUCGACAAAGUUAUUGACUCGAGUCAGGUGCCGUCGCGUCAAAGAGCGGGAUCGUCGCGGUCAGCAAGGCGUAGCACAAGUAGUGGCGACGACAGCGCGGAGGUUGUAAGGCUGCGUGAAAGAGUAAGACAACAGGAGCUACAGCAGCAGUGGUUCCAAGCUCAACUUGCACAACAGAAUGCAAUACUGCAGCAAAUAGCGAUGCAACAGAAUAUACAAGUGCCACCACUGGUACCUCCACCUUUUGCACAGGCCGGUUGGCCAUCAGCUUCACCUCAGACAUUGAGAAAAGGGAGAAAAGAUGGCCAGGCCAGCACCGGUAAAGCGCGUGGCUCGGAACCGUCGGAUGGUAACCCUAGCUCCGGCCAGUCCUUCCCCAUCCCUUUCCCUUUCGAUUACGGCGGCGCCGUCCAUCGCAUCUCGCCCUCCAUGGCUCGCAUCUCGCCCACCGAUUGCGUCCUCCUCCACGCCAAUGGCUUCGAGGGCCACUUCUUCCAUCGGAACGCCACCACCGCCAUGUCCUUCACCAGUCGAGGUACCAGCAUCGUGGCGUCCUUAAGCUGCCCCGAGCGUCCGCUGCUUCCCACAAUCCUCGUCGUGGAAUGCUCUCGCGUUGACUUCACCAACGAGCCCCCACGCAUCGUCUGCGCGGUGGAAGGCACCAUCCUCUUCAGCGUCCUCAUGGGCCCUCGGCCAGACGUCUCGCCGUGCAAGUACGACUACUACAUCUACCGGGUCGGGGACAUUCCGACGCUUCAGCUGCUGCCGCCCCCGCUUGACAACUUCAUGGACGAGGAUGCAGGCCUCCUUCUCCACGGGGACGGCGAGUUCAUGGUGGCAGCGUUGAUCUCUACAGACAAAUUUGACUUGUUCGACCUCCACCGCUUCGACUCCAGGACUGGGGCGUGGAGCCAAGUGGUGGUGCGAUUGGUGGAGCCGCAGAUCUCGUUCCCCUUCAGGGUCACCAGGAACUCACUCCGGCUUGGCUACCAUCUCACGUCCACCGUGAUCACCAUCGGGGGCGAAGGUGGAAGGAUGGGCUGGGUCGAUCUCUGGCGUGGCAUCCUCAUCUGUGACGUGCUCGACUCGAAGCCUGAGGUCCGUGGCGUGCCCCUGCCGUUGCCGAUGGACCUGCUGACUUGCAACAAUGGUCGGGGAGCUGAACUAGGAGGCUGCGCAAGGCCCCUCCGCGGGAUUGCCGUCGUCGAUCAAUGCCUCAGGUUUGUUCAUUUGGAAGCCACCAUCUCCACCCCCUACAGGACUACUCUGCCUCCUACUGAUGGCAGCGACAGUGACGAAGAAACAGCAACAUUUCCUAACCCGGUGAUGUCUGACUGGGUGAUCCAUACAUGGAGCAACUCCAAGAUGACUGCCUCCUGGGAGGACUGGGUCGUGGACUGCAAGGCCAGAGCAUCGCACGCCACGAUCCCCAGCAAGGUCAAGUCAAAGAUGCUCAGCUCCGGAUUGCUGUCACCUGAAGAAGGAGCAAAUCCAGUGCGAGCCUUGGGGAACCUCUGGGUGUCCCACCCAGCUCUGGGCACUGAUGAUGGUGUCGUUUACCUGCUGGCCAGACUCAGAUUCCAGGACCCCAAGGCAUUCAUCAUCGCUCUUGACACCAGGGAGAAUGUUCUGCUAGGCUCAGCCGAGUUCGCCACUGAAAGGAAACGCGGUGCUGGCAUCAUGUAUUUCCCAAGUAACAUCUCAAAGUAUGUCGACCCAAAGGCUAGGGUUCUUCCUAUCUCCGAAGGUGUUGAAGAUAACUUCGAGGAGUCAAGCCUGAAUGAAGGCACUGAAUCUGUUGAGUAUCCAAAUGUAGAGUUAUUUUACCAUGGCAUGGAGUUUGAUGAUGAUGCAUCAGUUGAUAGCUAGAGGUGAAUGUGAGCUCGUUUGUAAUAAAAUCCAGGUCUUUACAGUGCUCGAUCUGGUCCCAUGAUCUCAUGUCGAUUGUGACAUGAGUACAUAUAUAUCUGCUAUAUUGGUCUUGACAGUACCUGGGCCCUGUUUGU